AUGCCUUUGAUCAGCACCACAGAAGUCAACGAGGACACUCGCGUCCUGGGAUAUGAUCCCCUCCUUCCCCCUCAGUACCUCCAGAAUGAGAUCCCUGGUAAAAAGGAAUCCCUCGAGGCCGUCCGUUCUGGCCGCAAUCAGGCCAUGAAGAUCAUCGAGAAGCGCGAUGACCGUCUGCUGGUUGUUGUCGGUCCUUGCUCGAUCCACGACCCUGCCACGGCCCUCGAAUAUGCCCAGCGUCUGAAGGAGCUCUCCGAGAAGCUUUCCGACGACCUCUGUGUUAUUAUGCGUGCCUACCUCGAGAAGCCCCGCACCACAGUGGGGUGGAAGGGUCUGAUCAACGACCCCGACAUUGAUGAGUCCUACAACAUCAACAAAGGUCUCCGUGUGUCACGUCAGCUCUACGCUGAUCUUACCAGCAUGGGCAUGCCCAUUGCCAGUGAGAUGCUGGAUACCAUCUCCCCUCAGUACUUGGCCGAUCUGAUCUCUCUCGGUGCCAUUGGUGCCCGUACCACCGAGUCGCAAUUGCACCGUGAGCUCGCCUCCGGUCUCAGUUUCCCCAUUGGCUUCAAGAACGGUACCGACGGCAACCUCACCGUUGCCAUUGAUGCCAUUGGUGCCGCUGCUCACCCCCACCGCUUCCUGGGUGUCACCAAGCAAGGUCUGGCUGCCAUUACCAAGACCGCUGGUAAUGAGCACGGCUUCGUCAUCCUCCGUGGAGGUAACAAGGGCACCAACUACGACCGUGAGAGCAUCAAGGCCGCCCGCGAGGCCCUGGCGGGCAAGAAGCAGCCCGAGGUCGUCAUGGUCGACUGCUCGCACGGCAACUCCAACAAGAACCACCGCAACCAGCCUCUGGUCGCCAAGGAGGUCUCUGACCAGCUCCGUGAGGGCCAGGAUGCCAUCAUUGGUGUCAUGAUUGAGUCCAACAUCAACGAGGGUAACCAGAAGGUUCCCCCCGAGGGUCCUUCCGGCCUGCGCAAGGGUGUCAGCAUCACUGACGCCUGCAUUGACUGGGAGACCACCGUCCAGGUCCUGGAGGACCUCGCUGAUGGUGUUCGUGCCAGACGCGCCGCCAAAGCCGCUCAAGCCAAGGCCAGCAAUGGCACUCACUGA